GAAGAGGGCUGGUGAAUACAUAUUGACAGGCAGGCAGUCUUCAAUCUUCCUCUUCAGCCACUUGCUUUGAUUGAAAUGCCCUCCAAGACUCCCUUCUCGACGACACUGCGCGAUCCGUCGCUGCUGACAUCCUCGGCCUUGAUCAAUGGCAGCUGGAUCAAGGCAGGCGGCGGCGCCUCCUUUCCGGUCUACAACCCCGCCACGGGCGAGCUCCUCGCCGAGCUGCCCGACCUGAGCCGGCAGCAGGUCGCCGAAGCGAUUAGCGCGGCAAAAGCGGCGCAGCCCGCGUGGGCCGCACGGACCGCGUACGAGCGCCAGGCCUGCCUCUACCGCCUGCUCGCCGAGAUGCGCAGGCAUGCCGACGACCUCGCGCUGAUUCUCACCCUCGAAAACGGCAAGCCGCUCGCCGAGUCUAAAGGCGAGAUCCACUAUGGCGCGGGCUUUGUCGAGUGGUUCGCUGGCGAGGCCGUGCGGACGUAUGGCCACAAUGUGCCGAGCGCACUGCCUGGCACGCGCAACAAUGUCAUCCGCCAGCCGAUUGGCGUCUGUGGCCUCAUCACGCCGUGGAACUUCCCCAACGCGAUGAUCACGCGCAAGAUGGCGCCUGCGCUCGCCGCCGGCUGCGCGGUUGUCAUCAAGGCACCCGCCGAGACACCGCUGUCGGCGCUCGCCAUGUGCGUCCUCUGCGAGCGCGCGGGCAUCCCCGCCGGCGUCGUCAACUGCGUCACCGUCAGCAAGGGCGAGCGCGAGGCCCAGUGCGGGCUGGAGCUGUGCGAGAACCCCCUCGUGUCGAAGAUCUCCUUUACGGGGUCGACACCCGUCGGCCGGCUGCUGAUGCGCCAGAGCAGCAGCACGCUCCAGAAGCUGAGCAUGGAGCUGGGCGGCAAUGCGCCCUUUAUCGUCUUCGAGGACGCCGACGUGGACGUGGCCGUGCAGAGCCUGAUCGCGAGCAAGUUCCGCGCCAGUGGCCAGACGUGCGUGUGCGCCAACCGCAUCUACGUGCACGUCUCCCUCUACGAGCGCUUCGCGCAGGCGCUGGCCAGGCGCGUCGAGGAGCUGGUUGUCGGCGACCCGCUCGACCCGCAGACGCACCUGGGCCCGCUCAUCAACGAGGCCGCCGUCGCCAAGGUCGCGCGCCACAUCCAGGACGCCGUCUCGCGUGGCGCGCGCGUGCUCACGGGCGGCAAAGCACUGCACGGCACCUUCUUCCAGCCCACGGUGCUAGUGGAUGUGCCUGCGGGUGCGGCUGUCGAGACGGAGGAGACGUUUGGCCCGCUCGUGCCGCUGUUUUCCUUUGACAACGAGGACGCCGUCGUCGCAUCGGCCAACGCGUCCGACGUCGGCCUCGCCGCCUACAUCUUCACGACCGACGUCAACCGGCUGCACCGCGUCUCGGAGCGCCUCGAGGUCGGCAUGGUCGCCGUCAACACGGGCGUCGUCUCGCAGCCGUGCAUCCCCUUUGGCGGCGUCAAGGCCAGCGGAUUCGGCCGCGAGGGCGGCCGGUCGGGGAUGGACGAGUACAUGAGCGAGAAGCUCGUCACCAUCGGCAACCUGCGGUAGUCCCUUCGACUGACACGGGUGCUUUCUGAUUUGUCGCUUCCUUCUCCAUCAUCAAAAUAUACAAUUUGCUUGUCCGUCGGCCAUGAUUGCCGUGGGAUUG